GAGGUUGAGGCCAUGCCAGCGAAAAAUUGGCUAAUCUUGGUAGCAGUUAGAUAACGAAGUAUGAGGUAGAUCAACACAAAUGCAUCCGAAGUUGCACUUAUUACCAUGAAGUGGAUUCUCCCGUUUCAGGCUCUCUUGAACGAAAUAGUCAUACGCCAUAGAUCUCUCCGUUGGCAAUGGACUCCUGUGGUGAAGCUGUGCCAGUUUGACAUCUCGAUUACUUUGCAUGAUUAGAGUCAAUCAUUUGGAGGUGAUACUUAACCGAUGGCCUGUUGGAGUCAAGGUUAACAAGUCCACCAUCUUGUGGAAGAGGAUGAGCAGAGAAACAAUACUAGAUCAUCGCCGUAGGUCUUUUCCUACCGGGUAGAGCCUUAGGUCGUCUUUGUUGACAAAAGCUUCAUUUGGUGAAGAUGUAAAGGAGUUUUAGUAUUUAUAGCUGAUUACGCCUCUACUAUGAUGGAUAUUGAAAGCAGUAGGCCACACAAGUGGCCACAACUGCUUGAUAUGACAAAAGAGGAGUGCCAAAAAUCGCUGCGAGCUCUCGAAUUGUCAGCUUACAGUCAGAUGAUAUCAGUCCUUCGUGCCCAAGGUGAACUUACAAAAGAGAAAAAGAAACUUCUUAAUGAUCUACAGAAUAUUUUUUCAAUAAACUUAGAACGUCAUAGGGCGGAGAUACGGCGUGCUGUUAACGAUGAAAAACUGAAUACGAUAGCAGAGACGUUGGCAGGCCCCAACACAGGUGUAGAAUGGGCAGUAGAAGGAAGAAGAUUAAUUCCUCUCAUGCCUCGAGUCCCUCCUCAGACAGCUUACACAGCAUUGGCGACUAGGAUGGCGAUGCUCUAUUAUAAUAUGAAUUCAAAAAUGCCUCCACCAGUAGCAACAGCCCAUUAUGGAAAGAUGGAUGAUCUUGGGUGUGAGUCAGAUGCUACAGAUUCAGAAGAAGAAACUGAGGGUCUGCGUUUUAUAUCUGGAGCCAUGGUUCCCCCGCAGUAUAAUGCAGAUCAGGGAUUAUAUACAACAUUGCCACAGUCACAAGCUCGUAUUGCCAGGCUUUCCUCCAAAGAGAAUAGAGAAAAUAGAGAAGCUCCUGCAACCACAACUUCCUCAGUAAGUAGUGGCCCCAUGAGCAUGGGUCCUAUGGCAGUAGGUAGCGUUGGGAGCGACAAAAGAAAACGAAAGAGAUCGCUUUCAACAGAUCACCCGUUGCCACCUCCACCUCAGCCUGUUACACGGGAGCAACCUUCCACUCCAAAUACGCCAACCAAACCACAAAUUGGGGGGAUUAGUCGACCAAUUCCAGGACCCCCCAUGAAAAUAACAGUGACAGGUAAUGUUACCAGAGGUACCCCAGGCACUCCGACGUCCACUCUUGGUGGUCAUACACAAAAGGUAAUACUAGUGUCUACAUCGGGUGCAAGUGGUGUUGGAGGUAACAUGUAUCAACGUUCUUUAAGUGUUCCAGUAAUGAAAGGUGGCCCAGGAGCCCCUCCUACUGUAAUGAGAGGUGUGCCAGCAGGUCCUGGCCCAAUCUCUUCAAAUCAAAUGCAGACUGGUGGUAGUAUUGGCUCUUCGAAUAUUAUGGUACCUACAUCAUAUGCCAGUGGGGGUCAGAGUGCAUCGGGAGGUGGAAUGCCUCCAUCAGGAAUGCCCCCUGGAACAUAUGUCAAUAGAAUGAGGCCUCGAGUGCCCUCUGGAGCCUUGCCUCCUAGACCUCGACAGAGAUCGAACUCUCUAGUUCUUCACACUGAACCUACAAUGCCACUGAGAGGUGUAGAAGCAAAUUCUGGCAGUGGAUCAGGUAAUAUGGGAUCAAGUAGUCAUCUGGGUUCAGUCCCUGGGUUUUCUGGUGGCCCACCUGGUAUAAUAGGGUCUUCUACUCAAUCUUCACAUAAUGUACCACCAGGCCAUCUCAUGACACAUCAGACGAUACAGGUACGGCCAGGCACUCCUGUCGCUCCAGGUAAAGCUGCUAUCCAGAUACGCCAAGAAACAACAGGAGCCAAGAUCAUAACCCAUACAGUAGGUGGUAGCGGAGGUGGUCUUGGUGGGCCAAGUAACCUCUCUAAUACUGGCGGAAAUAGCAGCUCAGGAGGCCUAAGUUCAAAUACACCUAAUAGGUUGAUGGGACGACCACCUCUUCUUCCUCCAAACUCUCCUCAAGGAACUGGAGGGCCUCUCUAUGUAGUUACAACUAAUUCAGGAACUAUUACUGUCGUCACACGCACAGUAGCUGCUGGACAGGGUACUGGACCUAGAGUUGUGACUGUGAACACCAUCAAUGCCCCAAAAACGUCAGUUGGUGGCGUUCGAGCUGCAUCUCCAGCAACAGUAGUUUCUGUUGGUCCAAAACCUCUUCAGACAGUGAGAGUUACUCCUCAGGGCCCAGCGGGUUUGCGACCUGUAUUAGGCAGUGCAAAGUCUAACGUCAUUGUUGUGCAUAAAGGUGCCCCACAUGGUACAAGACCAGUUGGUAUUCAAGGAAUACGGGAUGUUCCCACGAAGAUCACAAUUGGGAAAACCCUUGGUGGCAAUGCCAGCACAGCUGUGCUUCAGAAGCCUCCACCUGCUCCCAGGGGAACUGUCAGUUCUUCAAAUGUUGUUACUUCAGGUCCACCAACUUCUCAGGGGAAUGUUAUUGUGGUUGACAUGAGUGGUGCUGAAGGAAACGCUGUCAGUAACCCAAAUUCUUUGGCCGACAUCCUACAGGCUACAGGUAUACUGGAUGCUGCUGCCACUGCCAGUGGAUCAUCUUCAGCUACUAAUACUAACUCCACUUCCACCAAUGCAUCUGGCUCUGCAAGUACAACCUCUACCACAGCCUUGUCUACCAGGACGCUGGCUGGUUCUGCAAUGAAUACAUCUACUACGUCAGCAGGAGGUAGUAGCAUUGAAAAAAACAACACUUCAGGUAGUCGGGGGCCAGGAGGAGAGAGUGGUGAAGGUGAAGGGGAGUGGCUUAACCUUGGAUUAGAGUCUGGGGAUUCUCCUGGUCAGAGCUUGCCUGAGGGCCAGAUGCAGAUGUUGGAAGAGGCAGUUGAAAUAUUGGGAAGAGGUGACAAAGAAUCUGCGAGGAAUUUGCUUCGUCAGGCUGGAAUUGAACUCCUGGACUCUCCUGGUGAUAUUGUUGAACAGGGUGGUGAGGCUGCAUCCAUGGCAAGCUUAAUAUCAGGAUUAUCUUCUCAGCUACCUGGUGGUCAUAUAGAUGGUAGUGCUCUUCCUCCUGUUGGAGAGCUUGAUCCUGCCACAGGUUUCUUCUACAAUCCUUCCAGUACGGAGAGCUCAUCUGACAGCAACAGCAACUCAGCAUCUGAGGAUAUUGAAGGCGAAGAAAGAGAAUCUCCGGAAUAGUGCAUGCUUUUCGGUAUAUAAUUUUUUAGAGUAAUGAAUUCAGGACUCCAGAUUGAUGAAGUAUAAUUUGUUGUUUUUGUUAUAUUUUUAUAUCGUCCAAAACUUUAUACUCAUAGAGGAAUUUACUUUUUGAAACGUCCACCAAGCUUGUUGUCUCUUUCCUUACUUAGCAAAGUGUAAUUUGAUAUGCUGACAAAAUAUAAAUUAACAGAUGUUAGACAAAUUAUGCCUCAUGUACAUAAUUGUAAUUUGAACUUGGUAGUAACUGUGUUAUUUUACAUAAUUUUCACAUGUCUAUGUUUGAAGCAGUUUGUAAAAAUGAGAGUACUGUAUCUCUGUCCUGAAAUGAGAGAAACUCUUGUAUUAUUGUCUUGUAGUAUUACGUUUAAUGCACCUGUACUGUUAACAUAUUUGUACAAACCUUAAAUCUAGAUUGGUCAAUAUAGAGAUAUUUUAUUCAACUAAAGAUAUUUGAUAGUGUUUUGUCGAUUUUUUUUUAUUUAUUUUGGUAGGUUCUGUAAGUGUUUGGCCAUUUUAUAUAUGCAAAUGUAAAGUGCAAUGGGAAGAUGUCAUGCCAAAUUUUAUCUAUUCCAUAUUGUAUUUAAUCUUUGAUUUGUAAACUUGUUAGAAAUGUAAAUAAAAUUUGAAUGGUAAUUUUCGACUGACAUAUAAGUUAAUAAAUUAUAAGAUCCUUCUAUUA